AUGUUUAAGUGUUUUCCAAUUCCAUUUUGUAGUAGAAAUUUGGAACAAAUUGAUAAACGUCAUUGUAAUUUAACAACAGUACCUGAUGAUAUUCUUCGUUAUACACGUACAUUAGAAGAAUUAUUACUUGAUGCUAAUCAACUUCAAGAUUUACCUAAGGGUGUUUAUCGUUUAACACAAUUACGUCGUUUAACAUUUAGUGAUAAUGAAAUUCAAUAUAUAUCACCUGAAAUUGGACAAUUAGUUAAUCUAGAAGAACUUGAUUGUUCAAGAAAUGACAUAGCAGAAAUUCCGGAUAAUAUUCGUCAUUGUCGAUCAUUACAAAGACUUGAUUGUAGUGGAAAUCCUUUAGCAAAUAAUCUUCCUGCUGGUAUAAUUCAUCUUCGACAAUUAAUUCAAUUAACAUUAAAUGAUGUUUCACUUGCUGAAUUACCAAGAGAAAUUGGCAGCCUUUCCAAUUUACGUGUGCUUGAAGUUCGAGAAAAUUUGCUCAAAAUUUUACCUGAUUCACUUGUACAAUUACCUAAACUUGAAUCACUUGAUUUGGGUUCAAAUGUUAUUGAACAACUUCCAAAUCAAAUGGGUAAUUUACAAUCAUUAAAAGAAUUAUGGUUAGAUUCCAAUGAAUUACAUGAAUUACCAAAUGAAAUUGGUCAAUUAAAACGUUUACAAUGUUUAGAUGUAUCAGAAAAUAAAUUAACUUUUUUACCAAAUGAAAUUGGAGAGUUAGAAUCAUUAACUAAUCUUGAAUUAUCAUCAAAUCAAAUUGAACAAUUACCAUCAACAAUUGGUCGACUUACACAACGUUUAUUAAUAUUAAAACUUAAUUCGAACAGUUUAACAAAAUUAUGUGACGAAAUUGGACAAUGUUUAGCAUUGACAGAAUUAAUUUUAACUGAAAAUGCAUUAACAGAACUUCCACUAACGAUUGGAAAACUAAAAAAAUUAACAAAUUUAAAUAUUGAUCGUAAUCAAUUAUCACAUUUACCUGUUGAAAUUGCCGGAUGUGAAUCAUUAGGUAUGCUUGGUUUACGUGAUAAUCGUUUAACACAUAUACCAUCAGAAUUAUCAAAAUUAAAACAUUUACAUGUUCUUGAUCUAUCAGGAAAUCGUUUAUUAAAUUUACCAUGUACAUUACUUGAUUGUGAUUUAAAAGCUAUAUGGUUAGCAGAAAAUCAAGCACAACCAAUGUUAAAAUUUGCAACAGAUAUUGAUUCAACAACCGGUGAAAAAGUACUCACCUGUUAUUUACUUCCACAACAACAAUAUACAACAUCAUCAAUGGAAAAUCUUCUAAAUGUUUCAAAAUCUCAACAUAUCAGUAGUGAAACAGCAAAGAUACCUUCAAUAUCCACACCCUCUUAUCCAGAACAUGAUGAAAACAAAACUCAUUCACCACAAAUUGAUGAUCGACAUGAACGUACUGGUUCAGUUAAAUUUGCUGAUCAAUCCGAUGAAGGAAAAGAAAGUUCAUUACAACGUCAUAAUACUCCACAUCCAAAAGAUUUACGUACAUGGAGAAAUAAAAUUGCAAAAAAAUUUCAUGCUACAGAUGGAAAUUUACUUCAUCAUGAUCAUCAUCCAUAUCAACCAAAUGCUCAUAAACAUGUAUUAAAAGAUUCAACACAAGUUUCUUUAUCAUCAGGACAAUCAUUUUCAUCAACGAAUCAACAAAAUAAAACGACUACAGGUAAAUUUGAUUCACAAAAUUCAUCAAAUAUGAUGCAAGAAUCCAUUGAUUAUGUUCCACCUGAACUAUCAGCUGAUCAUCAUGAUUCAGAUGAUGAAAACAGAGAACAUGCCGGUGAACACGUACAUUACAUUGAAAAACAUGUUGAAUUUACAGAUGAUUUAAAUAAUGAUGAAGAUAAUACAAGAGAUCAUCAACAUCAACAAAAACUUCAUCGACGUGACACACCACAUCAUUUAAAAAAUAAACGUAUUAUUAAUAAAAAUAACGAUUCAAUUACAUUUGAUCAAAUUAUGUCACAUAGUUCAACAAAAUCAUCAUUAACAAGUCCAGGAAAAGAAUCGAGAUCAUCAUCUAUUCAAACAAAUACUCGUCCCAUGACAAUUCAUCAAGAACAACUAACACUUAUAAUUCGUCGUUCACAUAAUACUGGUCUUGGUAUUAGUAUUGCUGGUGGUAUUGGUUCAACACCUUUUAAAGAUAAUGAUUAUGGAAUAUUUUUAACAAAAAUUAAUGAAGAAGGACCAGCAGCUCAAGCUGGUUUACUUGUUGGUGAUAAAUUAUUAUCUGUUAAUGGAAUUUCAUUAAUAAAUUGUGAACAUAGUGAAGCUGUAUCUGCUUUAAAAAAAGCCGGUGAUAAUAUUGAAAUGGUUGUUAUUCGUGAAAUUUUACAAUCAUCAGAUAAUUAUAAUGAAAAUAAUUUUAUAAAAGAAGGUGAAAAAUUUUCUACAAUUAUUCAACGUGAUGAAAAACAAGGUGGACAUUUUGGUUUUUCAAUUGCUGGUGGAAAUCAAACAGCAACAAUAAAUGCAAAUGAAAAUUUAUAUAUAUCAAAAGUUAAUAAUCAUGAUAAAAGUUCAUUAUUAGCUGUUGGUGAUCGUCUUUUAUCUAUAAAUGGUCAUGAUACAGGAAAUAUAACUCAUGAUCAAGCUAUUGAUAUUAUUAAUAAUGGUGGAAAUAAUGUUGAAUUAGUUGUCUACCGUGAAAAAUAUACUAAUGGAAAUCAUAAUAUAGUUACAACAACAAAUAUUGAUAAUACAAUUGAAGAAGCACGUGUUGCUAAAGGUAAUGGUCCAAUGGGUUUAAGUAUUGUUGGUGGUAUUGAUCAAGCAUGUCCACCAUUUGGUAUGAAACAACGUGGUGUAUUUGUUUCCAAAAUUCUUCCAAAUGGAUCAGCUUCUCGUACAAAUCUUCGUAUUGGUGAUCGAAUAUUAAAAGUCAAUAAUCGUGAUGUAUCACAAGCAACACAUUUAGAAGCUGUAGAAGCACUUUUACAACCGACAAAUGAAGUUGUUUUGCUUGUACAUCAUGAUCCACAACCAUUAGGAUUAAAAGAAGUAACAUUAACAAGACACGCAGGUGAACCACUUGGUAUUCGAAUAAAUGGUGGUGUUGAAGGAAAACGUGUUAAUUCAGAUGAUCCAGAAGAUGAUGGAAUAUUUGUUACUGAAGUAAAAGAUGGUAGUCCAGCAUCUGGUAUUCUUACUGUUGGUACACGAAUUCUUGAGGCAGUCAAUAACAUUUUUGAUAGACAAUGGCAUUGUCUUUCACAAAAAUCUAUAUUAACAAAUAGUAAUUCAUCAUUAUUAACAAUACCAAUUGAUGAUACAAUAAGAGAUUAUUAUGAAACAAAUCUUGAUGAUAUUACACAUUUAAAUCGAAUAUCUUCAUUUGAGAAAUCAUCAAAAAAACAAAAAUGUUCACAGUUUAAUGAAUAUAAAAGAAAAAAAAACCAUCAUCGACAACGAAACACAAAUGAAACAAAAUCAUGUGGUUUAUCAAGAUUAUUUCAUAAGAAAAAGAAAAAGAAGAAAGAGAAAAAAGAAUUAAUAACUACACAACAAAUUUCUAUACCAAUUAUUAAAUCUAAAGAUUUAAUUUCAACAUCACUCCCAGAAACAUCAGUAUCUUCAUCAAACAAUAUUCAACCAAUACCUAUACUAGUAGAAUCUUCAGCUAUUCCAACACAAAUAACAACAAACAAUAUUAAAUCAAUACUUCCAUCAGAACAAUCCUCAACAGAAAUAACAAUAGCUCCUCAACCUUCAUAUAAAUGUUUAUCUUUAUUAUUUGAUUCACCAUCAACAAUUUCAACACUUGAAUCAUCAAUGGUUGAAUCGAAUACAUCAUCAUCAUUUUAUCAUCUUAAAUCAAGUUUAAAUUAUAGUCAAUAUUCUUUUGAAGAAGAAAUUCUUGAAAAAGAUUGUCCUUAUUGUUCCAGUGAAAGUCUAUCCUCAAUUAAAAGUGAUUCUGAUAAUAACAAUAAUAAUAAUAAUUUAGAAAGAAUUUCUAAUCGUUCCUCAAAUCUUUUAUAUGCUAAAGAAAUGUAUUUAUCUUCAACUAGUUUAAUUAAUGAAGAAUCUAAUUUAUCAUCUCUACCAUCUGAAGAAUAUGCUUCAAUAGAUGAAACAAAACAAUUAAAUUUAAAUGAAUUUAAUGAAAUUGUUUAUACUAUUCAUUCAAUAGUUGAUAAUAAUAAUAAUAAUCAACGAAAUGAAAUACUUGAUGCGUUAGCAUCAUCAUUACAACAAGUUGCACAAGAAACAUCUUCUGAUUUACAUGAUAAUGUAGAAGAAAUUCUAGCUAUUAGAAAUACACCUGAACAAGCACCGGGACUUGAUCAGAUGUUUGUUAAUAAUCAAAGUUUAUUUGGUGCUCGAUUAGAUGAUGCUCAAAAAUGGCUUAGUGUACCAACUGAAACAAUUAAUUUAUUAAUUUGUCAUGGAUUUAAACCUAAAGAAACGAAUACUAUAAUUAGUCCAACGAAAUCAUCAAAACAAAUUGAUACUAAUCGAUCAUCAUUGACACAACAAUCUAGUUCACCAGUACCACCAAUAAGACAUAAUGGCAUAUCAUCAUCUCAUAAUACUUCACAGUCACCAAAAGUAACGAGUCCUGUUUAUGCAAAUACAAAUAUUAAACAACAACAAUCACCUCAACCACCACCUGUUCCUGCUAAACCAAAAUAUCGAGCACCAAAUACACAAUUUGUACCGAUUAAUGGUGAUAAUCAUAAACAAAAAAAACUACCAUCACAUAAUGGUUUUGAAAUUGAUGAAUCUGAUUUCUCGGUAACAGAAUCAGAACGAUCAUUUAAAGAUAAGAAAAAAUUUUUUGAAAGUGGAUUCAAAGAUUCUGGACCUAAACCAAAACCUCGACAAUUUAAAUAUAUUAAUGAACAUGAAUUAUUACAAAUGAAACAAGAGGAAGAACAAAAAAUCAAAUCGAUGAAUCCAACUGAAUUACUUCAAUCUCGAACACUCUAUACUGGUGAUAUAAAUGAUUCUGAACUGAUGCAAACUACAUUAUCUCAAUAUCAAACACCAAACUAUCUUGCCAAACCAGAAGAAGAUCAAACUGAUGAUGAUAUUAUUCAACAACCACAAUCACGAAAAUUACCAUCGACUGCAAGAAAAGGAAAAAGUUCAAAAGAUAACGGAAAACUUCUUGUCAAAACACUAAAACUUACAUUCGUUGAUAUUCAAGGUUAUAAUGCAUUCGAAGGUUGGGGAAUGAGUGAUUCUUUGUUAUAUCAAAAGAGCUUUUGCAAAUGGUCACUGGGCAAUGCGUUGGGAAUGUAUGGAUAUGGAUAA